GAACACUUGUUUCUUCAUUUUGUGCCAACAAUUUCUACACAAAGGCUCUCUCGAUUUCUCUUCUUCAAUUGAAGGUUGAUGCGUACAAGUUCGUUCUCUCCACUUUCAUCUUUUUCCAGUUCUCUUCACAGUUUUUAGAUAAAAUGUCUUCACGAAAAAGAAAAGGGGAGGUAUCAUCGAAAUCAUCUACAGUUAGUAAAAGAGCUAAGGGGCCAUCAUUAGAUGAUCUUGCUGAACAGGCAAAUAUUCUUUCUGAUCAAACUGCUGAACAGGAAACCUCUCAAGUAGGAGUUUCUGGCCAAGAAAGUAAAGAAGAUCAAGUAGAUGAACAAGAUAAAGAAGAAGAACAAGAACAAAAUAGAGAAGAAGAAGAAGAAGCUGAAGAAGAAGAAGAAUAAGAAGAAGAAGAUAAAGAAGAAGAAGAAAACAAUGCUGAAAAUGAAGAAGAAGAAGAAGAAGAAAAGAAGAAGAUGAUGUAAAUAACGAUGACAAUGAAGAGGAUAAAAUUGCAUCUUUUGAAAGGUCGGCGACCGGGGUUGUUGAUUCUUCUAUUGGGACUGAUAUUGACAGACCUUCCACUGAUGAAGUUGUCAAAACUUUCAAUAUUGAGAAGUUCCGUGUGCAGAUGCCGAUGGAUAAACUAGGUGAUUUGAAUGGUGAUCUUGUUGUAAAAUCAGUCAUGGGCAAGCCCUUUGAUCACUUUAGGAAGAUACUUCAGGAGGAGGACUUGGAGGAUUUCUUUAGGGCCACAUGUUUUGGCAUGUAUCUAGAUUUGCCUGAGGACAACAAUGCAAGGUUUCAAAUGACCAUUGUGUAUGGUCUUCUCAAACGAAGAAUUAUUUGCAGCAAAACUGAUGAGAUAUGGAUAAACUAUUGCGGCAUGCCAGUUUGUUUUGGCAUCAAGGAGUUUGCCAUAAUUACCGGACUGAGGUGUCAUGAUCCUUCUCAGCCUCUUCGUACAUUUACAUUAAAGAAGAGAGCCAUGACACCCAAGUCAUCCAAGGGAGCCAAGACACCCAAGUCAUCCAAGGCAGCCAAGAAAGGCAAGAAAGGCAAAGCCAAGGUUGAUGAUGAUUUGGAUUUAGUGGAUGUUUGUGGAAAGAGCUACAAGGCAGCGGAUUUGCUAGCAGACUUGAAGUCAGAAACUAUGUCAAGAAAGCACAAGGAGUCAUUGUGCUUAGUUUGGUUUGUGAAUUCUAUUCUUUGGGCAAGAGAUGUAAAGAAUAAUAUAGAACUUGGUUUGAUUAAACUGUCGGAGGAUCAUGAGGCAUUCAAUAACUAUCCAUGGGGUCAUAAAAGUUUUAAGUUGACUGUUGAAUAUUUGUGCAAAGCUUUGAACCCUAAUGUGAAGACUUCCAACAUCUAUGGCUUCCCUUGGGCCUUCAUGGCUUGGGCAUUUGAAGCCAUUCCUCACCUACAGAGUCAAGUCAGGGACUACUCAGAAGAAGUUUGUUUUCCAAGGAUCCUCAGAUGGUUGACUACCAAAAACAGCAACAAAAAAAUGAAUCUUGAUCCUUUUAACCCCCCAAGGAAGCAGUAAGUCAGAAUCUGUUGG